CAGCCCAAAUCUGACCAAACUGGAGGCGAAAAAGGUUGGGCCUGGUCUCAUUGAUCUGAAAACUGGUCUAGGCGCAGCCAUAUCUGAAUCUUCCAUCCUCAUUGGCGGUUCGAUCAGCAAUUGCGAUAUUCGGUACAUCUCUCUUUUCUAUCUAUCUAUCUUUCUAUCUCCUCCAGCUUGACCAAGGAGGAUCGGUGACCGCAGAAGAAGCUUCAGCUGCUGAGGAAGAUCGAAAAUGGCAGCUACACUUUCAGGCGUCGGAAUCGGAUUACGGCCAUCCACAUCUUCUUCUACUCAUAAACAUUCCCAGCACGCGCAGAGAAGAAACUGGAGAUCGUCCGUUAAAAUGACGGUCUCCAUCGAAGAGAAAAAGCAGAAGAAAUUCUCCCUCCAGAAAUCUGAAGAAGCCUUCAAUGCUGCCAAGGAGUUAAUGCCAGGAGGUGUUAAUUCACCAGUCCGUGCUUUCAGAUCUGUUGGCGGGCAACCAAUCGUGUUUGAUUCUGUAAAGGGCUCUCACAUGUGGGAUAUAGAUGGAAAUGAGUAUAUUGACUAUGUUGGUUCUUGGGGGCCAGCCAUUAUCGGCCAUGCCGAUGAUAAGGUGAUUGCAGCGCUGACUGAAACCAUGAAGAAAGGGACAAGCUUUGGCGCCCCUUGCCUCCUAGAGAAUGUUCUAGCAGAGAUGGUGAUCAAAGCAGUGCCUAGCAUUGAAAUGGUGCGAUUUGUCAACUCGGGCACUGAAGCAUGCAUGGGUGCUCUUCGCCUUGCUCGUGCCUUCACUGGCCGAGAGAAGAUCAUCAAGUUUGAUGGCUGUUAUCAUGGGCAUGCUGAUCCAUUUCUUGUGAAGGCGGGAAGUGGUGUUGCAACCCUAGGGCUGCCAGACUCCCCUGGGGUCCCCAAGGCGGCCACAUAUGAAACCCUGGUUGCGCCCUUCAACGACCUUGCAGCAGUGGAAAAACUCUUUGAGGCCAACAAAGGAGAGAUUGCUGCCCUUAUUCUGGAACCUGUUGUUGGAAACUCGGGUUUCAUUCCUCCUAAACCUGACUUCCUCAAUGCCAUCCGCAAGAUUACCAGAGAGAAUGGUGCCCUUCUCAUGUUUGAUGAAGUCAUGACUGGAUUCCGCUUGUCAUAUGGUGGGGCACAGGAGUAUUUCGGGAUUACUCCUGAUAUAACGACGCUUGGGAAGAUUAUUGGCGGCGGGUUGCCUGUUGGUGCAUAUGGAGGAAGAAGGGAAAUCAUGGAGAUGGUUGCACCAGCAGGGCCAAUGUACCAAGCUGGGACCUUGAGUGGUAACCCAUUGGCAAUGACCGCAGGUUUGCACACUCUAAAGCGGUUGCAGGAACCAGGAAGCUAUGAGUACUUGGACAAGAUCACGGGUGAACUCGUUCAAGGCAUUCUUGAAGCUGGCAAGAAGGCUGGGCAUGCAAUGUGUGGUGGCCACAUAAGGGGAAUGUUUGGUUUCUUCUUCACAGAAGGACCAGUUUACAACUUCGAUGAUGCAAAGAAAAGUGAUGCUUCAAAGUUUGCCAGGUUCUAUCAAGGGAUGUUAGCUGAAGGGGUGUACUUUGCACCUUCACAAUUCGAGGCUGGGUUUACUAGCCUGGCACAUACUGGUGAAGAUAUCCAACGUACCAUAGAGGCUGCUGAGAAAGUUUUGAAACAGAUUUAAGUUUAUGAGAGUCCCCUUACCCUCCCUGGUCUUUUGUAUCUCAGAGAAGUUUGAUUUAGGCUGUCUGUGUUUUGGCUUAUUUUUCACUUGUACCACUCAUUCCUUGUUGGAGAUGGAAGAACCGAAUGCAUUAGCCUCUUGUAACUGAGUUCUAGCGAUCUUGUCUCUUUUUCCCUUGUAAAAUAUGGAAUUCAGUUAAGGAAUCUUUAUUCUAGCACUCUCAGUUGUCCAUAUUUGUGUGAUGGAGCAAGAUGACCAUUUUUCUUCAUUUGCA